UGCAUUGCAUCUUCUCCUUCCUUCUCAUCUCUCAUGCUCCGUUUCUGCUGCUUUCAGAAUCAGAGCAUGGGACUUCUCACCAUUCCUUGCUUCCUCUUACUUCUCUGCAUCUUCGCAUUUGCUGCAGAUGCGGGUUCCAUCGGAGUUAACUACGGGCGAAUAGCAAACAACCUUCCUUCUGCAGUGAAGGUUGUCCAGCUCCUCAAGUCUCAGGGUCUUGAAAGAGUCAAGCUCUACGACACCGACCCGGCCGUGCUUAAAGCCCUUGCUGGUUCAGGCAUCAAGGUCGUCGUCGACUUACCAAACGAAAGGCUCUACCUGGCCGCAAAGAGACCAUCCUUCGCCAACGCAUGGGUUCAAAAGAACAUCGUUUCUUACUACCCAGCCACCCAAAUCCACGCCAUUGCCGUCGGUAACGAGGUUUUUGUUGAUCCAGACAACCUAACCGACUACCUUGUCCCUGCCAUGCGAAACGUCCAUGCUGCGCUCGUAAAAUACAAUCUCCACUCUUCCAUUAAGGUGUCCUCACCCAUAGCCCUUAGUGCUUUGCAGAACUCCUACCCUUCUUCCGCUGGAUCGUUCAAGCAGGAGCUAAUCGAGCCUGUCAUCAAACCCAUGCUGGACUUUCUCCGGGGGACUGGGUCGGACCUAAUGGUGAAUGCUUACCCUUUCUUCGCCUACUCCGCUAAUGCCGACGUUAUCUCUCUGGAUUACGCACUCUUCAGGGAGAACCCAGGUGUGGUGGACGCCGGUAAUGGACUGCGCUACUUCAGUCUCUUUGACGCGCAAAUCGAUGCGGUGUUUGCGGCCAUGUCGGCUUUGAAGUACGAUGAUCUGGGGAUGAUGGUGACGGAGACCGGUUGGCCUUCCAAGGGAGACGAGAACGAGAAGGGGGCGAGCGAGGAGAACGCAGCCGCCUACAAUGGCAAUCUUGUGCGUUAUGUACUCACGGGCGGAGGAACGCCAUUGAGGCCCAAGACGGACAUAGAGGUCUACCUAUUCGCGCUGUUCAAUGAGAACAAGAAGCCUGGUCCGAGCUCCGAGAGAAAUUACGGUCUUUUCUACCCAAACGAGGAGAAGGUUUACGAUAUACCCUUCACACUGCAGGAAGUGAAACAGCAUGGGCCAGUGGGCGGAGGGAAGAACCAGUUGACGCCCGUGAACGGCGGGGGAAGCAGCGGCGUAUCGACGAGGUCGUCAGGGCAGACGUGGUGUGUGGCGAACGGGAAAGCAGGGGAGAAGAGGUUGCAGGCGGCGCUUGAUUACGCGUGCGGGGAGGGAGGAGCGGACUGCGAGAAGAUCCAACCGGGUAGCACAUGUUACGAUCCGAAUACACUAGAGGCACACGCAUCCUUCGCAUUCAACAGCUACUACCAGAAGAAGGGGAGAGUAAUGGGUACCUGUGAUUUCCAAGGGUCCGCUUAUGUCGUCACCCAACCUCCCAAAUAUGGCAAAUGUGAGUUCCCUACGGGUUACUAACAAGAACAGGUAGAGGCUGGUAAGGGUUUAAUGAAGGGAGAAGUUGAUGAUGAUGAUGAAGAUG